AUGUUUUUUCGCCAACUUUUCCUGGACGACGACUUCAUCAAGGACCUCCUCGGUCAGAUGGAGAACCUGACCGCCAGAGAGCAUAGGCUCGUUUCUGCCCAGUCACUCAAGGCUGGCCAAGACGCUGCCAAAGCUUCCAAAGAGAGUGUCGUCAAACUUGACACUCUCAUUGAGAGCAAUGUGGCGCAGAAGCAAGACAAGUUGGAUCAGCACUUCAAAAGCAAGGUCCAAGAAGUUUUCUUCGGCAAGAACGCAAAAGACUUCGACACAUGGGAUGCCGCGUUACGCAAGAAUAAGAGCUUGCUUCUCAAUGGCACCGGUGAAUGGUUGGACGAUGAUACCCUAUUCACCUCGUGGAUGACUGGCAGUAACGAAGCAAGUCCGAUCCUUGGGAUCGAGGGUGGGGAAGGUUCUGGAAAGACACUCCUGGCAACUCAUAUCAUCAGUCGACUACAGAAACACAGACUAUCGAACAGUGCGAAGGCCAGGUCGGCGAUUGCGUACUACUUUCUCGAGGAAGAUUCAAAGGACAACUCCAAGGCCACAUUCAAGAAGAAGCAUGUCGCCGAAGUGGUGUCGAAAGGUGUCUUGUGGCAGUUGGCUCAGAUGGAGCUUCCGUACCUCAAGUCCAUUGCUGGACUCUGUGACAAGGUGAACACCGAAGAUCCAUCGGAUAUCUGGAAUAAACUAUUGCUGGAGAACGAAGACCGCCCAGGCAUCGAGAGCACGUUCUUCAUCGUCAUAGACGGACUGGGCGAUAAUAUCAAUGGGCUCGCUGGUCUUUUACAGAGAAUUUCGGCAGACGCAUCUCGUCUACGCACGCGUGUAAUCAUUACGGGCAACCAACAUAGCUUCGACGUGCUUGAGGAAGCGGGUGACAUGAGAGUCACCAGAAUGAAACUCGGUUUCCGGAACUCCAUUGACAUUGAGCUAUACAUCAUAGCCAGGAUGGACGCAAUGGAAACUUUGAAUGACGCCAGUCGAGCUGGCGUUGCCGAGACUAGAACGAUGAUUCUAUCAAGGCUCACAUUUGCGACCUCCGGCGACUACUAUAUUACGAACUCUGCACUAAGCACCAUUGAGGGUGUUGACUCCUUGUCCGAGAUUGAACAAUGCCUGAACGAAGUUGGCAGCGCCAGACCCAAGCAGAUUCUUGCUGACAUCAAAAAGCUCAACAUGACGCUCAAAUCGGCCGAGAUUGAUGAAGUCAAUGAAAUCAUCGUAUGGGUGAAAUGGGCAAGGAGAUGGAUGUCUCCUCUACAGCUGGAAGCUGCCAUACGUUUGAACACAAAUUUGGAGGCAUCCGGUCAGAUCUCACUUCGAUCUUUGGAGUCUAAGAUCCGGGAAAAGUAUUCUCUGUUGUUCAAGAUUGAAGAUAACCGGGACAUCUCUUUCAGUACGGAAGAGAUAGGGGAUAUUGUACCUGUAAAAAGGUAUCAGUCAAGUGGCACAGACUACGGCAGCGAAGAGCAGAUUUCGCCGGCGGAGAUCAAAAUCGUCAAACAUUACCUAUCAACGGUCUGCCCAUCAGAUGUCUACGACAAAUUUGGGUUCGAAGAGUUCUUUGCUCAAAAAUUAGAACGCAAGACCAAGUACAUCUGCCAGGACCCCGAUAAUGCUCAUCUCAUUCUCGCGAUGAGGUGCCUGCACGGCAUAUUGGAUGGGCAGACUAACAUGACACCUGGGGCAGUCAAGUUCCGGACCUACGCAACAGAUUGGCUGUUCGAUCACUUGGAAGAGACUGACCUCUCCCGAGCUGACCGCAAUCUCAAAGCGGAAGCCGGAGAACUUUUGGCCCGCCUGUUCACGGAGGAAUCUGCCAUCAAAACUCUCCUUAUGUCGGAUUAG